ACAUCACCAAAGACAAAGCUCACUUCUCAUCUAUAUAUACAUGAGAAGCAAUUAUAUUAAUUUAACUCAACUAUAUCUUCACACUUCUCUCUCAAGCUUCUUCCAUUUUCAGAUCAUAACAAUUUCUUUCUAACCUUAUAUUUCUCUCUUAAAUUUCUCCUUCAACUUGGAGAUAUGGUGACUAAAGAAGAGAAAAAAGAGAUAAAAAUUGUUCUUACAAAGCCACUACAACUAGAAAAGGAAUCAAAUUCAGAAGAGAAUUACAGAGCCCCUAAUCUUUUACAACGUUUAUUAAGUUUAUUCAAUAAUGUACGUCCAGGAUCUGAUCUCACACGCUUUCAGCUGCCACCACUAUUUAACUUACCAAAAUCACAACUUCAAUGCUAUGGUGAAUCAGUGUAUUGCAGUGCCUCAGAUAUGUUAAGCAUAUGUAACAGAGGACAGAGUCCAUUGGAUAGGUUCAUAAGUGUUGUAGCAUGGUGCAUAUCUACUACACGCCCUGCAUCUUUUGGUGUUGCUCCUUAUAAUCCUAUUCUUGGUGAGACACACCAUGUUUCAAAGGGAAAUCUUAAUGUUUUACUUGAACAGGUUUCACACCAUCCUCCAGUAACUGCUCUCCAUGCAACAAAUGAAAAGGAAAACAUAGAAAUGAUAUGGUCUCAGCAACCUGUUCCAAAAUUUUAUGGCACAUCCAUUGAAGUAAAAGUAGAUGGUAAAAGGAAAUUAAAGCUCUUAAAUCAUGGGGAAACAUAUGAGAUGAAUUGUCCUCACCUUUUAUUUAGAAUUCUUCCAAUUCCAAGUGCUGAUUGGGUUGGCACAGUUGAUAUAAGGUGCCUAGAGACAGGCCUAGUAGCUGAGCUAUCCUACAAAUCAAGUCACUCUUUUCUAGGACUUGGUGGAAAUCAUAAAGUGAUCAAAGGGAAAAUCAUUGACUCUUCAUCCUUGAAAGUUCUAUAUGAUGUUGAUGGUCAUUGGGAUAGGAUUGUAAAACUGAAGGAUAGAAAAAAUGGGAAAGUUAGAGUGAUAUAUGAUGCAACAGAGGUUAUUUCAGGUUUACAAGCUCCUAUUCUCAAGGAUGUAGAGAGUGUGUGGCCAACAGAAUCAGUGAAUGUUUGGAGUGAAUUGAGCCAAGCUAUACUAAGCAAAGAUUGGGAGAAAGCAAGAGAAGCAAAGCAAGUAGUGGAAGAGAGACAAAGGGAGCUCAUGAGAGAAUUUGAGUCAAAAAGACAAAAUUGGAUUCCUAAACAUUUUGUAGUGUCUUACACCAAAGAAAUAGGGUGGCACUGUUCACCUAUUCAUAACUCUGUAACACCUGCUCCUAUCAUAGCCCUAUAAAUUAUAAUACUUAUUAUUUUUUAUUUUAAGGAAAAAUAGUUAUUAUAGUGUAUUAUUAUCUUUUUUCUUAGAUGUUC